AUGCUCAUCAUAGGUGUUUGUUACUUCGUUUACUUCAGCAUUGCUUGUCAUCCUGUCAAGGAAAUCGCCUGUUCUGCAUGCAUGGGAGGAAAAGUUUCGUUGAUCCAACCUGAUAAAGCAACAUUCUCAACAGUCUUUUUCAUGCCGAAGCUACAACUUUCCGCGGUAUCUUUCAGCCCAGAUAUUGAUACACUAGCUAUUUCGUCUCUCUCGGGGCAUAUUAUGGUAGGCCAACUCAAAGAGAGUAACGAGGUAAGUGAGACGCCGCAAGUGGAUAUUGUGGGGAGAUACCAACUUCACAAAUCAGCCAUACUCAGUCUUGCGUGGCACUGCGCUGGUGAUUGCUUAGCAUCUGGAAGCCUAGACGGCUACGUUCGAACAUUUGCGUUAGAAAGACCUGGAGCUUUUGAUACCUUCCGCGGUCAUCGUGGAGGUGUGAACUGUGUCCGAUUCCUCCCUAAUAGUCAUCUCUUCUUGAGUGCGUCUUCCGAUAAGAGAAUUAUACUCUGGGAUGCCCGUUCAAAAAAGAAGGUACGACAGUUUAAGCAUGAAGCGCCGGUAAUAGGAACUGCUCUCUCUAAAGAUGGAUCAAAUUUUGUUUCCUGUGACGCCAGUGGAGUUGUGUCACAAUGGGAUUCAAGGAAUGCUAGGCAGUUCGUAAAACUGACCGGUGAAAUAGCUUUUGGUCAUGGGAGAAACUGUCUUUUAUAUUCACCCGAUGAAAACUUUCUUCUAACGGGGAAUACUGAUGGUACUGUGAGCAUCAUCAACAUAGUAAAUAAAGAGGUGCAAAACGGUUUAAAUAUUUUUGUUUCUUUACAGAUUUCGAAUAUUCAAGUCCACAGAGCGCCUAUCACUAGUUUUACAUUCUGUCAACUUGGCAAUCAAGUGAUGACUUCGAGUAAUGAUGGAUGUGUUGCAAUUUGGUCACAAAUCUCCUCAAUCUUUGAGAAUUUUUCAAAUAUCCACAACUCAAACCAUCGCAUUACAAAAGAUAAUUAA